AUGCAGCAGUCUGUCGUCGAGGCUCAGAACACCGCUGCCGCCGCCGCACAUACGACUGCGCCGGUAGAGCGGGCAGCGCGUACGAUCAACGAGACACUCGCAAGUGAAGAGCGCUUUCCAGAGCUGGAAUCAUAUGUGCUACAAGGCACAAGUGGAGGAUAUGAGCUGCCAACAGGGCCGGCGUGGCUGCCAUUCCAGAAGUUGAAGAUGCACGACCUCCCGCCGAGACUUCUGGAGCAGGCGAACCACGCGGGAAUGGGAAUGCAAAUGGGCAUAUUUCCAGCACUGGCACACGCGUGGGUUGCGCUCGACAAUUGCUUGUACCUUUGGGACUAUUCUAUAACCAACCCGGAGAUCAUUGGCUUUGAGGAGAGCACACAGCCCAUUACUGCUGUCAAGCUGGUUGCGCCCAAGCCAGGCGUGUUCAUUGAAGACAUCAAACACAUGAUUGUCAUCUGCACGUCCGAUACCAUGACUUUGUUGGGCGUGGCAACUCAGUCGACAUCAACAGGCGCGCCGACCAUCGCUUUGUACAACACGAAGAUGUCCAUUCCUAUUCGAGGAAUAAACGUCAGCCUCAUCGAAUACUCACGCAAUACUGGACGAAUUUUCUUUUGCGGGUCAAUCACCGACGACAUCUACGAAUUCCAUUACCAGCAAGACGAGGGCUGGUUUUCAGGAAGAUGCAACCGCCUCUGUCAUACCAGAACGUCUUCAAAUUUUGUCGCGGAAAAAAUCACCAGUUUCGGGGAUAUGUUCGCCUCAUCAGGACCAAAGAAUUCUUGGAGGCAGCUUGUCAUCGAUGACACCCGGAAUUUGAUGUACACAUUGAGCACAACGAGCGAGAUCAAGGUGUGGCUCAUCAAGGAUCGCAUAGAAGGUGGCCUUCUUCGACCCAUGCAGUCACUCCUCCAGAACACUGGUCACUUCAACAGUCGUAUGGAGCUACUUGUCGGUCGAGAGGUGUCGCUCGCUUCGAUCAGUGUAGUCACCGCUGUUGAGGCGUCCAAGAUUGGAUUGGUGGCUACGACAAGUACAGGCUGCAGGCUGUAUCUUUCCCUAACACGUGGCUAUGGAAAUCAAGCAGACGCGCAGAACCCACCUUCGAGCAUGCAAGUCUUGCACAUUCGCUUUCCGCCGUCAAACCCGAACGCACCUCCGCCGCAACCACAGCAAGGGCAGACCGCACUUACAACAUACAAUCAGAAUCCCUCGAGCGGGCAAGGCGACAGCCAAUCGAGGUACCUGACGCCCACAACAAUGUCCUACCGCUUUGCACCUGGCUAUUGGAUGGCAUUUCAGCCUCAUCCGAAUGACCCGUCAAAAGACAGAGUCUUCUGUGCUGCGCCUGACUCCGCCCGAUUGAAGAAUCCGCAAGAUCCUCACCAACUCAAGGACAGAUAUGGAGAGUACGGCCAGUGGAUCGAUCUGCCAGCCAACGUGCAACAGGUCAUGAGCAUGACCGACACGUUUGGAGCCACCAACGCGCCGGCCGGAUUCGGCAACGAGCUGGCCGUUCAGUACGAUGUCAAAUCAUCUGAAUUCGCUAUCGUGACAUCCGCUGGCAUACAAACAUUCCGUCGAAGAAGACUGGUAGACAUAUUCGCGGCGAUGCUGAAGUAUGGAUCGUCCGACGAUGAAGGGAAUGAAGGCGACAUCAAGCGAUUCGUGCGGACCUACGGGCGAGGAGAGACCGCCGCAACAGCUCUCGCAGUGGCAUGUGGUCAGGGUAUGGACGUCGCGGACAGUAGAAUUGCCAACGUCACAGACCCUGAUGUCAUUGAGAAAGCGAGGAGAGCAUUCAUCGAGCAUGGAGGCAAGGCCGACUACAGCGCCAACGAUGUCGUUGACCAAGGGCAAGCUCCUAUCGAUAGCGUGCGUCCGAGUCCGCGGCACGAAGGCAUGGCGCUGUACAUCUCUCGUCUGGUCCGCUCGAUCUGGAGAGCGACAAUCAUCAAGGAAGUGCUCGUACCUGGAGCCGGCGCUAAGCUCGAGCCUACAAUUGCCCUGACGAAGCUUCGUUCGAUCCAGCGAGAUCUCACAUCCUUGAACGAAUUUCUGGAACGAAAUCGCAGCUUCAUCGAAGGCUUGGCUGGUCCCGACGCGCUGAGCCGCGUCAACUCCCGGCAGGAAGAGAUUGCACUUCAGGGCGAGCACCGUGCUAUGAACAGCCUAUUACAGCUCAUCAGCAGCAUUAGCGAGGGCAUCAGCUUUGUCCUUGUGCUUUUCGACGAGCGCAUCGAGGAGAUCCUUGCUCUGCUGCCCGAUCAAAGCAAGCAGGACGCGAGACAGCUUACAUUCGAGCGUCUCUUCGUUUCGCCCAUAGGCCGCGAGCUUGCCAAGGAUCUGGUCAAGGCCAUUGUCAAUCGCAACAUUGCAAAUGGUAGCAACGUCGACAGCGUCGCCGAAGCUCUUCGCCGACGAUGUGGCAGCUUCUGCAGCGCAGACGAUGUGGUUAUCUUCAAAGCUCAAGAGCAAGUCAAGCGAGGUUCAGAAGCAGGCUCAACUGAUGCUGGACGCCAGCUUUUGAACGAGAGUCACAGACUGUUCAAGAAGGUGGCAGGCAGUCUCAGCUACGAGCACCUCAAGUGGGCCGUUGAGCGUUACGUCGAGAUGUCAUUCUACGCUGGUGCAAUCUCGUUGUGUUUGGACGUGGCUGCUGAGAAGGACAAGUCGCGAAGAGCGCAUGCAUGGUUGCGAGAUGGCAAGCCGGAAGGAGACGAGAGAAAGGCAGACUUCGACGCCCGCGAACAGUGCUACAAGCUCGUCUUCAUGACGAUCGUGCAUUUGGACGCAUCCACUGCGAACAGUCCUGAGACCGUCGAUGGCAGGCACACUCUCGCCGGUAAGCGACGAAGUGAAGCUUACGACAUCGUCAACUGCUCCGACGACACCGUCUUCCUCACCUGCCUCUACGAUUGGUACGUCGGCGAGCUUGCACAGCCAGACCGCCUGCUCGAGAUUAAUAAUCCUUUCGUGGUCGAAUACCUGCGCAAGCGCAGUCAGGACAGCAGAGGCCACGCCGACCUGCUAUGGCGCUACUUUGCCCACCAGAACGACUACCUCCAAUCCGCCUCUGUGCAGCUCGACAUCGCCAGAUCGCACUUCGACAUCAGCCUGGAGGAGCGCAUCGGCUACCUGUCUCGUGCACGCACAAACGCAAGCACCCGCCAGACAGCACUCACAGAUGCCCGGCAGUCCAAGCAGAAGCUCCUCCGCGAAGUAUCCGAUCUCCUGGAUAUUGCCCAAAUUCAGGAUGAGAUCCUCAGCCGCAUCCGCGCCGAUACACGCUUCACCAACGAGACCCGUCCAGCAUUGGUCCAGGAGCUCGACAGCCAGAUUCUCAGCGUCGAGAUCUUGUUCAACAAAUAUGCUGAUGGAGGUGGCUACCACGACUUGUGCAUCUUGCUGUACAUGGUCGCCGACCACCGCAAUGCUGCCGACAUCAAGGCAUCCUGGGAACAGCUCAUCACCGCCACCGAUGCAGAGGCGCCUGCACUCCACGGUCGUCAACGCGCGCCUUGGGAAGCAGUUGGAGAAAAGGUACGAGAGAUGGGUAGGCGCCUACAAACCGCACCAUCAACCUUUCCGAUCCCGAUGCUUCUCCCUCUACUCGAAAAGUAUGCCGAUUCCUGCGGAUCGAUCAACAGACCUGGCGACUCCUGGGCAGUCGACGUCUUCCUCGACCUGGAGAUUCCUCACGAGACAAUCCUGCCCAUCCUGGAGAUGAUCUACUUUGGCAACGAAUAUCCAUUUGAAGGCCAGAAGCGCGGGCUGAUUGCCGGCAAAAUGGUGUACCUGAUCGACUCAUGGCUGAAGGCUAGCGAGCGGAAUGGCGACAGGAUACCAUUCGGUACCUUGUUAGCGAUGGCGUCGAGUGGGUGCACUCUUGGGCAGAUUCAGUAG